AUGGAGCGGCGGCGAGAUCGGUCGUCCGAGCAUGCGAAGGAAGAGCCGGCGCUUGAAAUCGAAGGGCAGCUGGAGGUGGUGAAUGGGAUCAGCGGAGAGGCUUCGGGCGUGGUCGUCGAAGCACCAAUCACGCCGACAGAGCUUGGCCACGCGAUCCAGGCAGCGCUGGGAUUCCAUCCCAGCACGCAGUCCCUCUUCAUCAAUGAUGGACAGCAGCCUUACAACGCGAGCGCGGGACGACUGCCAAAAGGUCCCGUCCACUCGCUUCGCAUCAUACGGCAGAGCAGGGAUUUCGAGGCCAAGCACGAGUUUCUGGAGCAGCUCUCGGGGGAACUUGCGCGCAAAGAUGAGAAGGGCGGAGCCCUGGGUCAGCUGUACCACGUGGAGAAGCUCACCCGUGGGCUAGGAGCAUCAGCCGUAGUGUUGGUGCCCGGAAAGCCCAACUCUUCGCCAACCGGCUACGCAGAUCCCGAGCAAGGCCCCUUGGUGUUGGCCCCUGCUGCCACUGCGCUCGCUCCUGACCUUCGCCCCUUUCGGCUGCUUCCCUUGCCAGCCAACCGGCGCCGUGCCACCGUGGGCACGCGUCUGCAGUGUUCUCCGGCCGUCGUCCUUGUCCUUCUGUUAGCCUUCCGACGCCAUGGCUUCUCCCUCCGCGCCCUCUGCUGGCCCGUCAGGGUUGAGCAUCUUUCGGAGACGGCCCCCGACAAAGAAAAUGGUUUUGAUUUGGUGUUGGCAGAACUGGACAAAGCCUUCCGCUACGACAAUCGGGUUGAAAUGCCCCGUGCUAUAGACAAGUACUUCUAUGCUCUGCAGCGCCGCCCAGACCAGACGCUCUUGCAGUACACUGGAGAGGCUAGGGAUGCCGUUCGUGAGCUUGAGAAACACGGCAUUGCCUUGCCCAGCGAAGUGCACGGCUAUAUCUUGCUUAAGAAAUCGGGCUUGUCGCCCGAGCAGAAACAGCUGAUCCUGAGCCAGGUCGGUGCCAAGCUGACCCCUGACAAGAUCGAGGAGUCGAUGUUUUUCCUUUUGGGCCAGGACCACAAAGCUGCAGCUCGACAGCCGCCUACCCGCACCUGGCACCGUGGUGGUGCAAAGUCUGCCUCAUCCGGCACAUGGCGCCGAUCUUAUGGAUCGGCCCAUCUGGCGGAUGAUGGGCAGACCUGGUCCGACUGGGACGGCGACGAUGACACCGCCUUCAUGGCCGAGGACCCUGAGGUCUAUGAGGAGGACGCUCAGUGGCAGGACGACGGCUACCUGGACGCUCUUGAGCCUGAGGAGACCGAGUACGCUUACUAUGAGGACAUCGCCCAGGAUGACGACGAGGCCUAUGAAGAGGCCUAUGCUUCGUACAUAGACGCUCGCCGCCGUCUCGCGGAUGUCAAGGCCUCCCGAGGCUUCUUUCCCGUGGCCACCACUUGCCUUCGUUGCGGUCAGCCUGGCCAUUGGGCGUCGCAGUGCCCCAUGCCACCUAGCUCCAGCCCCUCCGUUGCUUCAAGUCCUUCAAAGCGCCCUCGGGACACUGUGCACGUUGCCGCCGACUUGCCCUGUGCCUUGGACUUGGCCCAUGCUGUUGAUGCUGCCUUGGUUGUCACUGAGGACGGCAGCCUUGUUGCGCAGCAAGACGGCGGAGCCUCCGCCAUGUUGGGUGGCCACCGCCCCGUUAUGCAAGCCAUAAGCCACCUGCUUUCAAAAGGCGUGUCGCCAGCCAACCUUGCCUUCUCCCGUGCAAACCGUUGCUGCAGGUUUGGUGGUGACAACACAGCCCUUGCUACCUGGUCCGUGCACUUGCCUGUGUUUGUGCGUGGAGUGCCCGGACGACUUCAAGUCUUCAUCGUUGAGGGCGACACGCCUCUGCUCGUUGGCCGGCCUAUCCUUAAAGCGUUGCAAGUCAGAACCGACUUUGAACUUGACCUUUGCAGUGUGUUGGGCGGUGAACCGACCGCCGCUUUGCUUGGCCCUGGUGGUGAGUUCAUGUUGCAGCUUGACGAAGGCCUUGACUCCGACUCAGUUCUUCAGCCGUUGGCCGUUGACCUUGUGACCGAGGAGUUGGCGACCCUGGCAUCCCCGUGUGACCCGCGCUUGCCGCUCCUCACUCUUGCCGACUACCUUGCUGAUACGGGCCGUGAGGGCCCUGACGUGGACCUUGCCUUCUCCACCGCCUCGGCGCCCGAUGCCGACAGUGCCCCUGCCUUGGACUCUCCUUCUGCCGAAACAAGUGUCGACCCUAGCGUUCAUGCUCCUGUCCUUUCGCCCGUAACGCCUAAGCUUCUUAAGUCUUUGGAGGUGUCCGCUCGCCAGCCAGUCAAUGCCACCAAUAAGGCCUUGGAGGAAGCCCUGUGGUCCUCACCUGCCACACCGCCUGUGUUUUGGGAAGUUUAUUCUGGCACUGGUAACUUGUCUGCUGAGAUGACCCGGCGUGGUUUUGAUGUUCGCACGUUUGACCUUCCUGAGUGGGACUUUACAAAGCCUUCCGAGCGCCGCCGCUUCUUGAACUUGUUGCACCAUGAGCGACCGCAUGUUGUGUGGUUGGCGCCUCCGUGUCCCUUGUUGUGGUCCCCGCUCCAGAACUUGACUUCCAGUGACAGCUACCAGCAAGAAAUCUUGGAGCUAGACCGCCAGCUCCACCACGCAAGCCACCUCAAGCUGUCUCGUCGUGUAUUCGACUUCCAGCUGUCCACAGGACGCCAGCCUUCCGUGGAAUUUCUGGCUGGGCUGCCACCCUUGACCUGUGUGCUGUUGGUGCUCGACUUCAACCAGCACGGCCGACUCACCCCAAUUAAGAAAGCAACCAGGCUCCAGGUUACUCAUCCCGAGUUGUGUGAAAUGCUGAGCAUCAGGUGCCCCGGCCAUUCAUUUCACUUGCCUUUGGUUGGCCAAUCCCCUCGCAUUGGCUCGCGCUCGGCCGCGGCUGCUGCCUACCAGCCAACAAUGUGUCGCAAGCUUGCCGGUGCUUUGCAGACUGCUGUUGAUGUUGCACUGGCGCGCCCUGUCUUUGAGAAAGCCUUUGCCGGAGGGUCUGCCUCGGCCUCCUCCGACAUCCCUGCCGUGGACUCUUCUGCUCCUCCUCCAGCUCCCGAGCGUGCCGCUGAUGAGCCUGCUGUUGCCCCUACCGCACCUUCCGAGCCAAAUGUGGUGAAUCCUCACCGCAACACUGGUGUGUUGGAGCAGUUGCUUACAGAGCGCCCUGCCGAGGCGCAGCGCAUUGUAGCCCGGUUGCACAAGAACUUGGGGCACCCCAGCCGGGACCAGAUGGUUGAACAACUUCGCGCCCGAGGUUCUUCCAAUGCCCUUCUGCAAGCCGCCCAUGACUAUGUUUGUCCUACCUGUGCUCAGCUGGCUCCUCCCAACCAGGUUCCCAAAAGUUCGCUUCCCUCUGCCACAAAGCUCAACCAGCGCCUCAUGGCUGACACCUUUUGGGUGACCUUGCCUAAAGGCCGCACGGUCCCUGUGCUUUCCAUGCUUGACGCAGCCACCAAGUAUGUGGUUGCACGUCCCCUCGUCAGUGAAACCUCUGAGCAGUUCCUUCGUGCCUUGGAACGUGGUUGGGUUAAGUUGUUUGGGCCCCCGCAUGUGUUGCAAGUUGACGCUCAUCCUUCUUGGGCUUCUGCCGCUGUGCGUGACUGGGUCACUACCCAUGGGGUUGAGUUGCUCAUUAGUCCCGGUGAGGCACACCAACGUUUAGCCCAGGUCGAAAGAAGGCAUCAGGUUCUCAGGCGUGCCAUUGACGUAUUUAUGGCAGACACUGGAGGCACCACAAUUGACGACUUGCGUCGCGCCUUGGACUUUCUUGUACCCCAAAUAAAUAAUACCAUAAGUGUGCAAGGCUAUUCGCCCACACAGUGGGUGUUGGGAUACCAGCCCGACCUUCCUGGCAUGCUCCUAGGCAGCAACGUUAACCCUAGUCACUUGGAUGGUUCUCCCGACUUUCGUCGCAAGCUUGACCUUCAGUCUUCUGCAGCCAAAGCCAUCAUGUCCGCUGACAAUGAUGAGCGUUUGCGUCGAGCCUUGCUUCGCCAAAGCCGUGUGACUUCGUCGGUGUUCGCCGUUGGCCAGCGUGUUUACUACUACCGUGAGGGUACUGGUGUUGGCCCCCGCAUCCGUUGGCGUGGCCCUGCCGUUGUUACCAUGGUUGAGCAAGACAGCCGCGGACGCCAGUCCGUUGUGUGGUUAGUGCACGGUGCCCAGCUUAUCCGAGCUGCCGCGGAGCACUUGCGUCGUGACUUCUCCGACUCAGAGCCUGUUGCCUCGCCCACGCAAGCCCUGGAAACCCUUCGUGGCCGCGGCACUACCUCCUUCAUAGACCUGCCGAGGACCAACCGUAGGGUCCCCAGGGAUGAGGCCCACGCCAUGCCUAGUGAUGAUGAGGUUGUUGAGCCGGACCCCAAGCGUCCCCGUCCUCAUGUUGCAGUGGCUCCUGAGCCGUCGCAUGUGGCACCACCUUCCGUGGACUUGCCUGCGCCCGCUCCUUUGCCUAACCCUCCGACUCCUACUGUGGACUUUCGUGAAGCGCCCUUGCCGGACGACGCGUCCGAUCAGUUGUCUGACGACGCCGCCGUGCCUUUGCCAGACUCCGACAUGCGCCCUCAGGAGACAUGUGCAGAACGCCGUGCCCGCAUCGACCGUACAGAAACCUUGCCUUUCCACCGCCACCCUGCCGCAGACCGCUCACGGUCGCCUCCUCCCAGUGCCGAGCCGGCCCUCACAGAGCAAGCCCACUUCUGUGACGUGCUACCCCAGUCCACUCCUUUCCUGCCACCUGGCUGGACUAUUGCCGGCGAUGGCCAAAUGCACCUUGACUCCGUGCAGGACCAGUGGGAAUUUGAUGGCCGUCACCUUGUGCGCCGUCACUUCGUGGCCCGGGAUCGUGCCUUUGAUCCUCUUUCCCCUGGGGAUUGCCCAGUCCCUGUGCACAUGCUUAGCAAGGUGAGGCACACCUAUCGCGGCCGGCACCGCCACGAUGACAGGUGGCGAGUUCAUGCCCCGAAACGGGAUGGUGGCCACUGGUGGACUGGAAAGACAGUCUUCAAGGUUCAGCCCAGGUAUAGGCAGGAGGCCCAUGACGCCUUUUACCAGGCUUCCGAUGGACACAGUUCCUACGUUGGUGCUAAACGAAAGGCCGACUUGGAUGAGAAGACCUUGAGUCUCAGUGACCGCCUUCUGUUCCAGGAGGCCAAGAGCAAGGAGCUUGCCAGCUUCUUCCAAAACUCGGUUUGGGAUUUCGAUCAUGAGUCCUCCGCACCGUCCGGGCGCAUCCUCAAAGCCCAUGUCAUCCUGAAGUGGUCCAAGAACCCCGACGGUUCUCCUCGAGCUAAAGCCCGCUUGAUUACCCAAGGUUUCAAGGACCCCGAUGCCCUUGGGGGUCUUGUUGACCGUACUGCUCCGACCUUGACUCGCUUGUCUCGGCACAUGCUGCUGUCACUUGCCGCCAACUUGGGUUGGGGUGCCGCCACGGGCGACAUCAGCACAGCCUUCCUGCAGGGCAAGGAACACUCCACCGCUCUGGAUGCCCCUCGUGCUUGGUACUGUGAAGCAACCGAACGGUUGGAGCGCCUUGGCUUUGUUCGCCACGCUUUGGAUCAGUGCCUUUUCUUGCUCUACGACUGGGAGACUUUGGACUCUCUUGGUCGUCCACAGCUUGUGUGUGCACUUGGGCUCUACGUGGAUGACCUUUUGGCCAUUGGCAACUCUGCCGACCCUCGCUACUGUUCAGCCCGGGACCGUCUGCAACAGACCUUUGCCUUCCGUGAGUGGCAUGAGCGCAAGCCUUCCGUUGAGUACCUCGGUGCUGAGAUCGAGCAGAGCCCCGAAGGCGUCUUGCGUUACCAUCAAGCCAAGUACCUUUCCAAACUGCAUCCCAUCACCAUACCGAACUCGAGGCUUUGCGACCCCACAUCGCCUGUUACCGAAAGGGAGCGUACCCAGCUCCGUGCCUUGCUCGGUGGACUUCAGUGGGUUGCCACCCAGUCCUCGCCGCAUAUCCAACCUCACACUUCCAUGCUUGCCGGCCUUACCACCAAGGCAACAGUUUCGACCCUGCAAGCUGCUAACAAAGCCCUGAGGUUUGCUAAGCACAAUGCGGAUGUUGGCUUAAGUUACCCUUACCUUGGCCCGGUGGAUGAGUUGGUUGUGGUGGCUUACUCUGACGCUUCUUUCGCGUGCAGAGAUGACCUGAGCAGCCAGGGUGGCUACCUCAUUACUUUGUGCCACAAGGACGCAUUGGAAAAGGGCAAUGCUUUCACCUACCACGUGCUCGACUGGCGUUCCUUCAAGCUACCCCGUGUUGCCCGCAGUACCCUCUCUGCGGAAGGCCAGGCCGCAGCCGAAGCAGCCGAUGCCCUCUACUUCACCUCCUUGUUUCUCAAAGCGUUCUUUGAUCCUAAGCUGGACUUGAACUCUCCUGAUGCCGCCCGUUUGCCCCACAGCUCUGCGCUUGUUGUGGACGCAAAGGCCCUCUACGACCUGCUUCACCAAGAUGAGUUGCAAGCCCGUCUUGGGGCUGAGAAACGCACUGCCGUGGAAGUGCUUGUGACUAAGCAGCGCCUGGUUGAGGCCUCUGCUGUCCCCAGGUGGGUGUCUUCCGAACGGCAACUUGCCGACGGGCUUACCAAGGAGAGCGCAACGCAAUUGUUCGCCGACCGUUUGCGCACCCACCAGAACCGCUUAACUGACGACCAAACGUACCAGGCUGCCCGCAAGAAGGAUCCUGCCAAGAGACAAGCCUCUGCCACUGAGUUUGCCAUUUCACGGCCCCAAGCACUCGCCUCUGCCAUGUUUGCCUGCUGCCUCACCACUGCCCGGGCCGAGCCCAUCAGCCCUCCGCCUAUGAACUUUGUGGACGUUGCUUUUGUGACUUCCUGUCAGACCGCGUCCGGUCUCGUGACAGACGCCUGCCUAAACAGAGGCUACCUUCAGUGUCAGUGUGGCAAUCCGGACAGCUCCCGACAAAACCCCUCUUUCGGUGAAAACCUUUUCCUUUCAGCCUCGUCGUCAAGUGCGACCGCGCAGCCUGUUGCAUAUCGCCGGGAUUCCCUGCCAAGCAGCAACUCCCAGGUGUCGGAGGCUAGGCCAACCGGCUACGCAGAUCCCGAGCAAGGUCACGGAAGCUACCCGGGCCGCCCUAUCGUCGAAGAGCAUCGUGUUUUCGGACGUGACACCUCGUCUCGGCCCCAGCUGCUGAUCUGGCUCGAAGAAGACGACGCCUUCGUGCAGGACGCCCUUGUUCGGGUAGCUGCGGCCGAUAUCACAGAAGAAUUUCGGGGAUGGGCCCUCAGCGCGCUGCUGUCGGGUGCCCAGAGCCAGCUGUCGCCCAGGCCAGGACUCCUAGCUCGGCUAGCGCGGGACACGGACCUCGACACGAUGAAGUGGCUGCGGGAUUUCCCGGUCUUCGGGAGGAAUCGCGACUUCCUCCUUUACUCUGCGGCCAAGCACCCGGGGCCCCACAGAAAAGCGGGCCUCAGGGCAGCCUUCAACGACCCCGUGGCCGAGCGGGAGUUCAUGAAGGUCUGUGUGGAGCAUUGCGGCUGCGUGAUCCAAUUCACUGGGUGGUGCUCCGACAUGGACCUGGUACACCUCGCCAUGCGGAACGAUGUACGGGCCUUUCGUCACGCCACAGAGCCCAUACGGAACGACCCUGCCACGGCACUGUCCGCCGUGGCGCGCAAUGGGAUGCUUCUGGAGUUUGCCUCGCCUCGACUGCGAGCGACCAGGGCUGUCAUUCAGGCAGCCGUGAGCCAGAACGUCUUUGCUUUCCAGUUCGCAAGGCUUGAGACCCCCGAGUUGCGCGCGUUCGCAGCGACAGAGGUUCUGAAGAAGCUGGGCGUGGCAGGUGAGAAUGUUGCCAGCGAUGUCCGGCAGCAUGCGGCAGAAGCGUACAGGAUGUGCAGAACCUGUCCUUCGCUUCUGCAAGCCUUGCAGACGCUCCUUCGUGAGGCCGAUACGAUGGACGCUGGCUGGCUCAGGGAGUUCUGCCUCGAAGGUGUGAAGCAGGAGCCGUCUUUCUACAAGGCCCUGUCGAAGCCGGAGCAGUCAGACAUGCAGAUCGCCAUGGCGGCCGUGCGGCUGGAUCCGUGGCUUUUUCCACAUGCCCUGCCCAAGAGAAUCAGGUGUUGCUUCGACAUUCAAGUAGCUGCCGUGGCAAAGGAUGUCAACUUGAAGUACUUUGUCUUGCCGUCCGACCGUGUCAUUGUAGAGAAGGCAGCUGUAGCUUGGGGCAAGGAGAUGUGGGGUGGAAAAAGAGGCGGAGCAGAUGCUGUCCUGCUGGCAUGGAAGGAGGACAUUGCGAUUCUGCAACUCCUUGCGGGCGAAGCCGAACCCGGAGACGAAGCUCGGAGGGUGGAGGACAAGCUCCUCAUGACGAAGUGCAGCUCAGAACUGCGCGGCCGCAUUUUGGACCCAGAGGGGCGGCCUCUGGAUGGUCUGCCCAUGCCGGAACAACUCGAGCAACGGCCCAUCUUCCAGAAGGAGAAGCCGAAGGAGGUACUCUUUGACAACAUGGCGGAGCAGAGCAAGCCGGCCCCCUCCAUCUCGGAAAUCAUGACAAAGGCCUCUAAGAAGGCUUUGAGCGGUGGCCUCGCCGGUAUGGGCGCGCAGGCGAUCAACGUGCUGGCCCUGAUGUGGAUGCGAACUAUCAUGAACUACCAGUACCGCUACGGUGGCACCUUUACGAGCGUGGCCCAGAAGCUGUAUGCGGAAGGAGGCAUUCCGCGGUUCUACCGCGGCUUAGCCCCUGGCCUCAUCCAGGCGCCAGUCUCUCGAUUCGGUGACACCGCGGCGAACGACGGAGCCCUGGCAGCUCUGGAGCACACAUCGUUGCCAACGGCUGCUAAGACCAUGGCAGCAUCGGCCUGUGCCGCAGGCUUCCGUCUCUUCCUCAUGCCCAUUGACGCCUGGAAGACCACGAAGCAGGUGGAGGGAAAAGAUGGCUUGAACAAGCUCAUCGAGAAGACAAAGAAGCACCCUACAGCGCUGUGGCAAGGCGGCGUUGGAGCGAUGACUGCCACCUGGGUCGGACACUACCCGUGGUUCUACACCAACAACCAGCUGCGCGAGUCCCUUCCCCAGUUCGACAUCCCAGCUGGCAAGCACGUCAGGAACGCCUUGAUCGGCUUUGCCUCCGCAGCGGUGUCUGACACUUGCUCGAACUCCCUCCGCGUCCUGAAGACCACGCGCCAGACGUCUCUUGAGCCGGUUGGCUAUCUUGAGUCGGCACAGCAGAUCAUCUCCAAGGAGGGCUACGCCGGGCUGUUCGGGCGCGGACUGAAGACCCGCAUCUUGACCAACGGCGUCCAGGGUGCCUUCUUCACCGUGGGUUGGAGGGCCAUCUCCGAGUACUUGAACAAGAAAGCCUAG